AUGGUACAAAGUUUCAAUUUCGAAGCAAUAAAAUGUUUAAAACAUGUUUAUAGAAACAAAUCAUUAAUUGUGCCACAUUUAGAGUUUAAAGAUAUUAGAGGCAUAGAUUUUAAACAACUUCAUGAUAAAGGUUUCAAGGGUGUCUUAUUUGACAAGGACAACACACUAACAGAACCAUAUGCAGAUACCAUAUAUAACCCAUUUAAAGAGUCGAUCGAAAAAUGUAAAGAGAUUUUUGGUGAAGAAAAUAUAGCGAUUAUUUCAAAUAGUGCAGGUUCGAGUGAUGAUUACCCAGACUAUGAAAAAGCAGAUCAUAUUGAAAAGAAUUUAGGUAUUAAAGUUUUAAAACAUAACACUAAAAAACCAGAUGGUAUUGACAGUGUAACCAAUCAUUUUAAAACCGACCCAUCCAAUUUAGUUAUGGUUGGUGAUAGAUAUUUAACUGAUAUUCUUUUUGGCAAUUUAUAUGGAAUGUUUACAAUUUAUACCAACCCAAUAACCUCAAAGGGUGAUAAUUUUUUUGUUAAAUUGAUAAGAGAUAAAGAAAGAAACUACGUUUUAAAUUUAAAAGAGACAGAAAAUAUUAAAGCACCAAUAAAUAAAAUUUGGGACAAAUAA